GGGGCGGGUGCGAGCCGAGCCCGGCCGAGCCGAGCCGAGCCGGGUCAGCGCUGCCCCGGCACCCGGCGCGAUGUGAGCGCUGCGCGCACCAUGGCGCGGCACAGAGAUCUGGACAGGCUGCUCUCCGACCUGCGCUCCUUCCUGCUCAUCCUGGACCGGGAGAGCCUCAGCGCCGCGGCCCAAGCCAAGAAGAAGUCGGUGGCCGAGCUCCUGUGCCGGCUGCAGAGCCCCCCGUCAGAGGAUGCAGAGUACAUGAUCAUGCGCUGCCUCUCGCCUUCCUCGGGGACCCCCCAGGGCCGGGACAACUCGGAAACAAGGACUCAGGAUGCAAGGGGAGGGAGAGGAUGCGAGUGCCGCCCGGGCAGCACCCAGAGCUCGCACGGUGGGAGCAAGGCACCGAGCGCCUCGCCAUCCCCACCGGCCGACGACUCCUACGAAGACGCCGAACCCCUCGGCCCCGGCGGACGCGGCGGCUCCGGCGGCGCCGACACCGACAGCAGCCACUACGAGUCGUACGGGGAGGACGAGGAGGACGGCGUGCCGGACCGUGCCCAGGACCGUGCCCACUACCUGCGGUGGCCACCGGCCCCCGGCCCCCCCCGGGCCGAGCCCCCCGGCCGCCCCGAGGCUCAGCUCUGCGGCUUCCUCUGGAGGAAACGCUGGCUGGGGCGCUGGGCCAAGCAGCUCUUCAUCGUCCGCGAGCACGCGCUGCUGGGUUUCAGGCGUGCCGCCGACCCGCAGCCGGCGCUGGAGCUGGAGCUGCGGGGCUGCCGCGUCGCCUCCAAGGGCACGGGCAGCAAGAAGCUGCCGCACGCGCUGAAGGUGACGGGGCCGGCGGGCGAGGCGCUGGUCAUCGGCUUCCCGAGCCGGCAGCAGGCGGAGGACUGGAGGAAGGUGAUCGAGGAGGUCAGCAGCAACUCCCCCAGCGGGCUGGCGGCCCACAGCCCCCCAGCGUCGCCCCCCAGCAGGCUCGGCAGGGCCGCCGCGCUCCGGCUCGGCUCGAAGGAGGAAGAGGAGCAGGAGGCGGCUGCCCGCAGCCCCGGAGAGGACCCUAAAGGAGGGUUCCUGGCGGUGCGGCUGCGCGGGCGCUGGCAGCGGCUGUGGUGCGCGGUGCGGCAGGGAGCCCUGCGCAUGUUCCCCGAGCCCGGGGGUGCUCAGCGCCCCGUCUGCGCCCUGCUGCUGGACGGCUGCGAGGUCACCCCGGGGGCCGCCGCCGCCGGCUCCCCCCAGCCCCUCCGCAUCCGCAUCGCUCAGCGGGGCCGGGAGCUCGCCCUGCUGCAGACCCGUUCGGAGGAGGAGAGGGAGGCUUGGCUGAAAACCCUGCGGGCCAGGGGAGGACGGGAGCCGGCCACUGACAGCCCCCAGGCGGAGCCCCCCAGGCUGGGAGAUGGCAGCAGCUCCCCUGCUGCGGGCGGGCUGCUGCUGCGCCGCUUCCCGACCCCCAACGCCUACAUGGACGACCCCUCCGGGCAGCCCCCGGCCCCCGAGCACGUCUACUCCAACACGGAGCGGCUGCACCGGCUGCAGAGCUUGGACCGAGCCGUGCAAGGGCAGCGCAAGAGACCCGUGUCCGCGCUGCCCGCCGGUGCCUGCAGCAGCACCGUGCCCUCGCAGGCAGCGUCGGCGGCGGCUCGCCGGGGCAGGGCUGGCAGCCCGCAGCCCCGCCGCAGGGAUUUCUCCCCGGCCCAGCGCACCCUGACGCUGCCCGAGAGGAAAGGGGCUCGGGAUGGUUUGGAUUUCCUCAUCGGGAGGAGAGCCUUCCCCAAGCUGGAGGAGAAGGUGGGGCAGCUGGAGAGGGCUUGCCGCGGGAAGAGCAGGCUGAAGGCCGGCUCCGAGAUGAACCUGCUGGCCAUCGGCAAGUCCCUGAAGGGCCACAUCGCCGCCACCGCCAGCUCGGCUGCCUCCGAGGGCUCCUUCCUCUCCCCGCUCUUGAGGCGCACGGCGUCCGCCAGGAGCGCCCUGAAGCGCUCGCCCUCCGCGGGUGUCGUGGAGAAGGGAAAGGUGCUGCAGCAGAGAAAGGAGUGGGAGAUGAAGUCUGCGAAGUGACCGGCACCGGGGCAGCCCCCGCCACGCCGACCUCGCUGCGGGGCCGGGCACCUCCCAGCACAACGUCGUGCUGCACGUGGAUCGUGCAGGACCAGCCAGUUCUUUAGCCACCAGUAUCGACGCCGCACGUACACCUACCCAUUUUUGAUAUAUUUUAUAUAGAUUUAUAUAUACGCACAAACAUAAACUCUC